AGUCACCACUGGGAGCUGAGCUGCUCAAACAGGUCAUCUCUUCAGUUUGAUCCAACCCAAACCAACAUGUUUGUUUCAGUUCUUCUGCUGGGGCUCUGUGUUUGCUUCCUUCUUCUCAAACUCAAACCUCGGAGACCCAAAAACUUCCCACCAGGACCCCCCAGUCUGCCUGUACUGGGGAACCUUUUGCAUCUGAACUUAGAAAACCCCUUAAAGGACUUUGAGAGGCUGAGGAAGUCUUACGGAAAUGUCUACAGUCUGUUCUUUGGUUUAAAACCAACUGUAGUCAUCAAUGGAUUUAAGGCCAUGAAGGAGGCGAUGGUAAUCAAAGCUGCAGAUUUCGCUGGACGACCCCAAGAUCUGUUAGUUAAUGAUGUAACUCAAAGAAAGGGUGUUAUCCUGGCUGAUUAUGGCACAGUUUGGAGGGAACAUCGUCGCUUUGCUCUGAUGACCAUGAGGAACUUUGGACUUGGAAAGAAAUCCAUGGAGGAAAGAAUUUAUGAAGAGAUUCAAUGUACAAUCAAGAUACUGGAGAAAAGUAUCGGUAAAACCCUGAGUCCUCAGUUCAUGUUUCAUAAUGCAGCCUCGAACAUCAUCUGCAAGGUUCUGUAUGGAACACGUUAUGAGUAUGAUGAUGAGACGAUCAAAACUGUUGUUAAGUGCUUUACUGACUUGACCAGGAUAGCCAAUGGACCAUGGGCUAUGCUAUAUGACUCCAUUCCUUUAAUUCGUCCUCUGCCCCUGCCCUUCAACAGAGCCUUUAAGGACGUGGAGAUUUUUAAGAGUGUUGCAGUUCGUUUGGUGAAUGAACAUAAGAAGACCAGAGUCCCCGGAGAGCCUCGAGAUUUUGUCGACUGCUAUCUGGAUGAAGUGGAUCAGCAAGGAGAGGAGUCUUCAUUUUCUGAAGAACAACUAGUACACCAAACAUUUGAUCUUUACUUCGCUGGGACAGACACCACCGCCAACACCCUCCUUACUGGGUUUCUUUACCUCAUCAACUACCCUCAUAUACAAGAACGCUGUCAACAGGAGAUAGACCAGGUGCUGGAGGGGAAGGAUAGAGUCACUUUUGAUGACAGACACAACAUGCCUUAUAUGCAGGCUGUGAUCCAUGAAAUACAAAGGAUUGCCAACACUGUUCCUCUCAGUGUCUUCCACUGUACAACUAAAGACACAGAGCUCAUGGGAUACUCCAUUCCAAAGGGUACAGUGAUCAUCCAGAACCUGAUUUCAGUCUUAAGUGAGGAAGGACAGUGGAAAUUCCCUCAUGAGUUCAACCCUGAAAACUUCCUGAAUGAACAUGGAGAGUUUGUGAAAUCUGAGGCCUUCAUGCCUUUUUCUGCUGGUCCUCGGAUGUGCCUUGGAGAGAGCCUGGCUCGUAUGGAGCUCUUCCUCAUCAUGGUGACUCUGCUGAGGAAGUUUAACUUCAUCUGGCCGGAGGAUGCAGGAGAACCUGACUUCACACCGGUUUAUGGAGCAACUUUGACUCCUAAAUCAUAUUUCAUGAAGGUCCAGCUGAGGUCAAAACAGUGAGGUUCUGCAGAUGCUUAUACUCACAACUGGCUGAUUUGUCUGAAAUGAUCAACAACUUGUGGCUUCCUACAAAGAAGUUACUGUUAAUAAAACUUCUUCUGAAACCAUAA